CGCAAGCGCCGACGUCCCAUCGUCGACGCCCACGAAGAAGAAUAUGAAUAAUCCUGAAAUAGUUUUGUGUUCAACAAGUGUUACAUUUCACUGCACCUCCUUCAUAAGAGUUCCGCAGUGGCGGACCACUGAACAUGACAGUCAAACGAUGCGGGAAGAAAACGGAGUGAAGCAUCACAAAUUACAUUUUUAAACCUUUUCUGAGCAUUACAAGACAAGGUCGACAAUCAGACAUAUAAAAAUUGAUGUUUCAAUAUUAUCAGAUAAAAUGAAGGGUACCAAAAGAAACAGCUGCAACACAAAUUCAGAGUGAAGACAAAUAAAAUAAAAAAGCGGAAACAGGAAGAACAGAUGCCUAAAGGAAAGGUGGAGACCAAAGAAAUCGAGAGGGUUCAGGAACAGACAAUUUGGGCUAUGAAACAUCUGCCAUGGAACAAGUUCCUCAUAGUGUUGGCGAUGGUGGAACUCUGCCCCGGUCAGAUUGAGAAAGCUCUGACCCUGGUAGAGACCACGGCAGCCAUCAUCGGACUGCAGCAAUACUUCCGGUCAGGAUGCGUAUUCUUCCUUUAUUCAAAUGGUCGAACCCAUUAUGAGCUACGAGAUAAAUUAACGCUGGUGCGUCUUAGCAAGACAAUGUCUCAGAACACGGUUACAAGCGCGACCCUUAAUACUGGCAAAGGCGACGUAUCGUUGAAAUACCUUCGAUGCCAGAAGAAUCGACCUGUCAAUGUUUUAACUUCAGAUGACCAGAAUAUGAUGCUUUCUCUGAAGGAGAUGGCAACACAACCACAUUUCGCACGUUCAGUCUGGUUAAUGCUACUUAGUGUCGGAACGGAAAUUGACACUUUCUUUUCUGAUAUUGAUGUGCCAGUUGACAGUGAAUUCGUUGUGGCACACCGACCAGAAGAUUACGUCCAACUAACAGAAGUUUACCGAGUAAGAAAUGGUUAUCCACUGCAGAAACAAGUAUUCGGCGAGAUAAAUGCUGGGAACAAAGUCCUGAAUCUCACCGAUAUAGGUUUCUAUGAAAGGAGAAACAAUUUACAUGGACUCAUCAUGGAAGCUGUUACAAUUCAAGACAAUCCGUACACCUCCAUUGCAAAGAAUCCUGACGGAUCUGCCAUUGUGACAGGGGGUUUCUUUGGUCUCGUGUGGAAAGAGUUUGAGAAUAAACUACAUUUCAGGACCAACUUCACUUACUUAGAAGAGAAAUCAUACACUUACGAAGUAAACGACAAGACAGAUCCUUUCGCCAAGAUGGUAUAUGAUGUGCAUUUAAAAAAAUACGACAUUGGCGUAGCAGCUUUUCGCUGCGUCAAUGAAAGAGCCAAAAUUGUGGAGUACACAUACAUUAUGCACAGAAGCAAGUUUGUGAUAGUAUUGAAACCGGCAGACAAUGAAGACAUGGCGUGGAACCACUUCUUCGGACCAUUUCAGCCCUCGCUCUGGUUCGGCCUGAUUUCCUGCAUCUUAGUAAUCGCAGGUUGUCUCUCGCUGUUCUACUACGUUGGACAACGCUUAGCAUACCCAGAGUACGAGACACCGAAACAGUACACAUUUGCCAUAUCAAUAUUCUACGUGUUCAGUAUGUUCUGUCAACAAGGUCAUGACGUAACGCCCAAGUCCUGCGCGUGUCGUCUGGUGUACUGGUUGGGGUACGUGACAGCAGUGGUGGUGCUCGCCGCCUACUCGGCCACCCUCAUCUCCUUCCUCACAAUUCAGAACAAGGAGCCCCACGUGAAAACGCUUGAGGCGCUCGCCGCAGAUGGCACUUACAAACUGGGAAUGAUACGCCAUUACGUCAGGAUCGUCAAAAAUGAUGUAGAUCACGGCAUCACGAAUGAAAUAUACGACAAAAUAAUCGAACCAGACCCCAACAACAUUGUCGAUACAAACUUGGAAGGAUUCCGGCGUGUCUGCACCACAAAGUACGCUUUCUGGACAAGCUUGGAGGCUGUGAAAGAAGUCGGGGAUUUGGUGAACUGCAAUAUAGCGUUACUAUCGUACAGCUACGUGUUCAUGUUGGGGAUGGUGGUCACUGACAACAACCCGUACAGGCGUCUACUGAACUAUCAAAUCUCGAGGAUGCAGUCUGGGGGCGUGCUGCGCAAACACAAGCUGGACUCCUGGGCGGCCCACGUGCCAGAGGCACAGAACAUGUGGACCAGUGUCAGUGUCGGGCAGAUAACGCCACUACUGACCAUCUUGUCAGGAGGCGUGGCAAUUUCUCUGGCGCUCCUGCUGACAGAAAUGGUAGCAAGCUGGUGGCAGCACAGACAGACUGAGCGCAAAAACGCAUGGUCAGGGAUUAUUAAUAAAACCUAACAUAUUACAUAAAAUUGAAAUUGAGGCACAUUACAGCAUAAAAUGGAUACUGGGUUUUCGUUAGAUGAUCUUCCAAGUGAAUUUGUGUACGAUGUCGAUAAAGAUUCAGAUGGCAAAAAAUGUAUUCUAAUUCGAGCUAACCUUCAAAAUAAGGAUGAUUGUGAACGUUGGCUGAAAGCAUAUGAAUCAAAAAGUAGAACAAAAUGGAUUGUUGCAAAAGUAAUUACGACACCAUUCAGAUCUGUAUUUCACAAAACGUGGAUGUGCCACUUAAGCAACAGGAACAAAUCCAAGGAUUCACAACGCUCAACAGACUGCAAGGCAAAAAUUGAUAUAAAGGUUAAGAAGCUUAACAGAAACACUACAAGAAAGGACAAAUAUUUGAGAAGGGACCCUCCAUUAAGUGCAGUUAUGCAUUUGGAACUGAAGCACAACCAUCACAUACAAUGUGACAGCGUGUUAAAAUAUCUUAGAAUAAGCCAAAAUGUUACAGAAGAGUUUGAAUGUUACUUCAGGGAUGGCUUGACUCCUAUUGAAGCAUGUGAAGUUCAUGAAAUUAAAAUUAAACUUAAUCAGAAUGCAGAUAUUAACCUUGCUGAUGGAUCCCUAAAUCCAUCUCUAAGGAAAGUAUAUCAUCUUUACCAUAAGUGGAGAAGGGUAACAGCUGCAGGAGCCCAGCCCAUCAAAACUGAUACAAGUGAAGCUAAAAUGUCAAGAGAUUCACUAACAGAAACAGUUCAGUGUUUGAAUAACCACUCAAGUACUCAGCUGUGUUGACUUAUAUGUUAAAGAGCAGCAAAGCAUGCAUAGCUUUGAGUAGGUAAUUUCAACUACUGCAGUAUUCACAACAUAAAUAUGAUUACAUCACAGGAAUGUAAAUGGCUUUAAUUAUAAAAAGCAUUUAAACAGUAUUAAUGAAAGCAUAAAUUAAAGUAUUAGAACAGAAAAUACAA